AAGAAAACCAUGUGUCAGUGUUCAUUUGGGCACCUGACAGUUGUUUUAAGACAUACUAUAAAUAAAUGUGAACUCGUCCUUCAAGGGUUAAUGAUUGAAAUGUCGUUCCAGAUAAGAGCAUUUUAUGAAUCAAUAAGGGAAACUGCAGUGCUACAGCAGCAACCAUUAUAUGGACAUAACUGGUAGUUACGGGAGAAAAAAAAAGUGACGAGAUUUACUGAACUAACAAUUUGGACCAUGCUCAGCUCUAAAUAUUUACAAGGACAGUGUGUGGCUAUAAUUUGUACCUUGUUAGUGCAAGUCUUGUUUAUGUUUAAUUAUCUUUGUUCAGCUUUGUUGUCCUUGUGUAUCUUCCUGCAGAUUGUUGUGUGUAAGUACAUUGAGAGCUACUAGAAACUGGAGACAAAUUCUUUGUAUGUGUCAACAUACUUGGCCAAUGAAGUUGAUAUGAGCCUUAAACUGUCCCUGUUUGAACGUUGUUGUAUUACAGUAUAUAAAGUAGUUACAUGUAGAUGAAUCAAUGAAAAUGAUCCAAUAAUAUCAUGUACAGUGUAUUAUGAUAAUGUAAUAGUCUGCAAGGAGCCAUGCUGCCAUGAGUACUUUCACUUUUGAUACUUUGUGUAUAUUUUGCUGCUAAUACCUCUGUGGUUUUAAAAUUUGAGUGCAUGUUGAUUGGUUGUUGGUGCAUAUAUUGCUGUAAACCACUUAUGUGUAAGUAUCUCCUCCCUGUAAAAAAAAAAAAAAAAAAAAAGUCUGUCUGAACAGACAGAGAAAAGAGCCCCAGCUAAAAUCACAGUAAUGUAAUAAUAAUAAUAAGACGAAUAUGUAUUAAGAUCUUUGCAGAUGUGUUGGUUUUUUAAGUGGUAGUUUGGUGUUUUUUUAGUGAACAGUCAAAAUUUAAGUGUAAGGUGAGUAUUCUGGCAUUUGCACCUGACGUGGUAUUCAUUGGCCUUGGAUGACAGUUGUAAUGAAUUAUAUUAACCCACAUACUACAAUGUAUAAAUACUGAAUUCUAAUAAAAGUCCUGCUUUUAAAAUUCUACGCAAGUAAAAAUUGAAGUAUAACGUAGCUGUAAUUGGAAAUGUUCAAGUGAAGUAAAAAUAUCUCAUUUAAAUAGUACCUGAGUAAAUGUUUAUACUUACACUUUACACUUGAGCUGAACUUAUACUUUCCGCGUCCACGAGGGUCCACUAUGGUCUGCGUGGCCAUCAGAGGGUGUAGACUCUGUGCAGACAGCCGCAAACCUGCAAUUUGUUGUGUCCGCAUGGUCACAAGCUGUCUUCCUGUAGACGGCGAUCUAUUACACAUGUGUGGAACGAUCCCAGAAGGUAGUAUAAACAGAACAACUACCCAUCUGUGGUGUCCGCAGCUGUCCUUGUAGGUGUCCGCUUGGGAGUAUAAAUAAAGCUUUAGGGCGCUCAGAAUGGGUUCCUAUCACAGUUUCUGUUGUCGAUUGUAGGGGUGUUUGUUUUGUUUUCCUAUUGAACAUUGUCCUCAUAUGAGACACUGAGAGAACUUUGGAGCCACAAUCAAACCACCACCCACUCGUGAUAUGCAGGAGUUAAAACAAACAAACCCUCUGCACUGAAGCUAGUUGGCGGACUUCUAUUCACACAACAUGCUAUUCAUGUUUUUGAUGAACCAGACUCAAAAUGAACCACAUAGGUCAAGUAUGCUGACACAGCCAAGGAAUUUACAAGAACUUUACAGGGGAUGAAAUGAACAUUUUCUGUUUAGUUUUUUUUAUCAGACAGAUGAGGAAUGUGAUUAUGCCAAUUUUUUGUCGAAUUUCCCACAGAGCAAAGGCGAAACUUGUAGGAUCUUUAGUUUCAGAAGAGAUGGCUUCCCAAGUCAGACUGAGGCUGCUGCCGAGUGCCAGAUGUUUGUUCGAUGAGCCCGUUCAGGUGAAGGUGGCCGGGCUGAGGUCGAGGCAGGUGGUCACCAUGAAGGCCAGAUCGACUGACGAGAAGGGAGUGGAGUUCAGCUCCUCGGCCACCUACAGGGCUGAUGGGAGCGGGGAGGUCGAUCUGGAGAGAGACCCCUCACUCAGUGGGAGUUACGUCGGGGUUGAACCCAUGGGUCUGCUGUGGUCGAUGAGGGCAGACACCUUGCAUAAAAGGUUUCAAAAAAACAGGUCACUAAACCCUCAUGUGGUGAAGUUCUCUGUUCAUGAGGUAGAGGGGGAGGGCAGCGUGCUGGCAGAGGCGACCAAUGAGAGGCUUUUAAUUGGAGAUGGCGUCACCCGGCUUCCUAUUAAAGAGGGGAAUAUCCGUGGAGUCCUGUUUACUCCUCCAGGAGAAGGUCCGUUCCCUGCUGUUUUGGAUCUGUACACUUUUGGGGGAGGUUUGUCAGAGAAAAGAGCCGCUCUGCUGGCCAGUAGAGGAUUUGUGGUUCUGACUGUAGCGCUCUACGGCCAUGAUGACAUGGCAAAGAACAUCAAGGAGGUCCAUCUGGACUAUUUUGAAGAGGCCAUACAACUUUUAAGAAAACAAGAUAAGGUGGCCAAUAAAGGAAUUGGAGUAACAUCACUUUCAAAAAGUGGAGAUCUUGCACUUUCAGUGGCCUCUUACCUGCCAGGUGUUGAUGCCACAGUGUGGAUCAACGGCUGCAAUGCCAACACAGUUUUACCACUUUACUAUAAGAAACGCCAGAUCCACCCUGCUUUAAUGUUUGACCUCAGCAAGGUUAUUCCCACUGAGUCAGGGGCCAUCAUAAUCAAGUAUUGUAAUAACAAUCCUCUGGUGGAGGAGACCCAGGCCACCUUGGUCCCCAUCGAAAAAGCCAAGGGACAUUUUCUCUUUGUGGCUUCAGAGGACGACCUCAACUGGGACAGCAAGGCUUUCAUGGACCAGAUGGUGGAGAGACUGAAGCGUCAUGGGAAGGAGAACUUUGAAAGUGUGUGUUACCGUGGAGCAGGACAUUACUUAGAGCCACCUUAUGGACCCUACUGCCACUCCAGCUUCCAUGGUGUCGUAGGCAAGCCAGUCAUGUGGGGCGGUGAGCCCAGGUCCCACGCAGUAGCUGAAGUCCACAUGUGGAAGAAGAUCCAGGAGUUCCUCAGAUCUCACCUGAGCUGUGAAGCUUCACGGCCUACAGCCAAGUUAUAGAUGCAUAUAGGAGGAUAAGAAAGACAAGGCAAAAGAUCAGUCAUGAUAUCUUGGCUGCUAAUUACAUGUGUAUCAUUACAUAUGAAUGUUUUGUGACGAGGUGAACGAUUUAAUAUUUGAUGUCUAAAUAUUUCUUUAUUGAAAGAUUAUGAUUAUAAACUAAUGCAGGAGAGAAUAUGCCAAGAUAUUUUUAGUGAACUAAUAGAGAUUAUCAGCCUAUAAUAUAAAUGUUGGAGAAUAUAAAGUAAAGACAAGUACAGGGUAAUACUGUACUUUUUACUACAUUUAUUUCACAGAUAUGGUUACUUUUUAGAUCUUGACAUGUAAAACAGAAUGGAUUUUAUAUAUUUAUAUUUUAUAUUUGUAAUUAAUUUAGAUCACUUUAUAGAGGACUUGAUUCACACUGGCAUUAUGAUUUUUUUCUGUUCAUCAGUGUCAUAAAAAGCCACAAUAAAUCCCUUUGAUUUGAUGUUAUAAAACAUGAAAAUUUCCAAGAGGGGUGAAUACUUUCUACAGGAACUGUGUAUCUGUAUGUAUAUAUGUAACUGAGUAGGGACAUUUUGCAUAAUAAGCACUUGUACUUUUGAUACUUUUAAAUUUUGUAAAACCUGACCCCUUGGUUGGGAACCACUGGACUAAACUAGCUAACUGUAAAUAAAGUAGUUGAAAC